UUAACCCCUCCUUUGUCACCUGGACAAUGGCAGGCCCCUCCCUCGCUGCUGAGCUGGGGCUUUUACUGGGCCCUUUGCCAGGGGAGGCUUUAAAAGGGUACAUGCACAUGCCCAGCUUUCACUCUCACAUCAGGACGUCCCAAGGGCAUCAAAGCGAGCAGACAAGAUGACUCACCAUUGCACCAAGUUCUCUGGCCAUUGGAAGAUCAUCGUGUACGACGAGGAGUGUUUCCAGGGUCGUCACCAUGAGUUCACCUCCGAGUGCUGCAACGUGAUGGAGUUCGGUUUCGAGACUGUGCGCUCAUUGAGAGUGGAGAGCGGAGCGUGGGUCGGCUACGAGCACGGAAAUUACCAGGGUCACCAGUUUGUGCUGGAGCGUGGUGAGUAUCCUCAGUGCGAUGCCUUUGGAGGAAGCAAUGCUUACCACAUCGAGAGAAUGACCUCCUUUAGACCCAUUUCCUGCGCUAACCACAGGGAGUGCAGAAUGACCAUCUAUGAGAGGGAGAACUACCUUGGCCGCAAGGGAGAGCUCAGUGACGACUACCCCUCUCUUCAGGCUAUGGGAUGGUGCAACAAUGAAGUGGGCUCUAUGCGUGUUCAGUCCGGAGCGUUCGUGUGCUACCAGUUCCCUGGUUACCGUGGAUACCAGUACAUCAUGGAGUGUGACCGCCACUGUGGGGAGUACAAAUACUUCAAGGAGUUUGGCUCCCAUUGCCAGACCCCUCAGAUCCAGUCCAUCCGCCGUAUCCAGCAGUAACGGACUUCUCCUCGCCCCUCUCCUUGCAAAAACUCUCAUGCCCCUUUCUGCCCAAUGCUAAAUAAACUGUCUUUCUUAAAUCUCA